AUGAUAAAUAUACACAAUCGUGCUGACUCAAACUUCCCUAUAAGUGCUACCUGGGAAUAUACUUGGGAAAUAGUAUGCAAGGCAUUUGAUAGCUUGCUUUCUAACAAGAAUAUUACUUCUUCUAUUCUUUCACUCGUUCAAAAUCCCACUCAGUUAAUCGUAUUUUAUAAAAAUACGGAUCCUUUGGUAUCUGCGUUAUAUUUCACGACAGGUCUUAUUGUAAUUCAUUAUGUAAUGUCUGAAAUAACAAAAAAUUACAGCCAAGUUGACAAAGCCUGGUCCAUUCUUCCUGCCAUAUAUGCAUGGCACUUUACUAUUCAUGACUACGUUUUGAACAAUUCGUUCCAUCCCAGACUCCUAGCGGCAGCUAUUCUAAUUUCAAUUUGGGGAACUCGUCUUACGUAUAACUUCGCUAGAAAGGGCGGCUAUUACUGGUCUGGUCAAGAUUACAGAUAUCCAUAUCUUCGUGAGAAGCUCGGUGCACCAUUGAUGGCUCUUUUGAACAUCGUUUUUAUUGCACCAUUUCAGGAUUACCUUUUGCUUCUUAUGGUCACACCAUUAUAUAUCACUAAUUCUUUAAAUUCGGCAACAGGAGUUCGCACUACCACGUUAAAUACAUUGGAUUAUAUUGCCAUCAUAUCUCAUUUGACAUUCCUAUUGAUUGAAACGAUUGCAGACGAGCAACAAUAUGUAUUCCAGACAGAAAAGUAUGCCUUAUUAAGUCACUUAAAGGUAUCUCAAUUGAAAGGGGAUUAUAAACAUGGAUUUCUUUGGCACUCUGGGCUAUUUCAGUAUAGCCGACAUGCCAAUUUUUUUGCUGAGAUGUCCAUGUGGUGGGUGAUCUAUCUCUUUUCUGUGUCUGCAGUUCAAGAGGUUUCAAAAACAAAUGACGUUGGUACCUUUAUAAAUUGGACAAUCGCAGGGCCGCUUAUAUUAACAGGCUUAUUCCAAGGAAGUACAUGGCUGACCGAGGUAAUACAACUCCCGUGA